CAGUAAUUACCUUUGAACUUAAAAAAGAUGAUCAGCUUGAAAAUGGAAAAUACCACCGAAAAUGUUUCAUCGGUUGAGGAAGACACUUGGAGCGCUUACAGUGCAGAAGGUGACGAUGAAGGAAAUCAAAUAUAUCAGUAUUUCUCCGUGAGGCAGGCUUUGGCGGGAAUGAUUAUUACCGGUGGCAUCCUCGGAACAGUUGGUAACUGCUUCGUUGUCGCGGCUGUCGUAUUGUCAAAGAAACUCCGGACGACCACAAAUGUCUUUGUGGUCAACUUGGCGGUAGCGGAUAUCCUGACUUCGCUGUUUGUUCCGUGGCAGGCCGUGGGAUUACUGGGCGGGGAGGAGUGGCCCAUCCCGGGGGCGUCGUGGGUGUGCGCCAUGGCGGCUUUCGUCAUCGUCGUCACCUUCGGAUGCAGCAUCAACAGCCUGGCUCUGAUCGCCGUCAACCGUUGGGUGGGUAUCACCAAGUCUCGCGUCACCACCCGUCGCAUCUACACCGCCCGUAAGCUCGCUCUGAUGGUCAUCUUCUCCUGGGCUAUACCGCUCGGCUGCGCCUUGUUGCCUGUCCUGACAGACUUUGGCGAACUGGGCUACGAGAAGCUUUACUCCAGCUGCACUUGGGUUAUAGAAGAAUCUGUCUACUACAGCAUAUUCAUAAGCGCGAUGUACUACCCCAUCCAGCUGAUUCUGAUAACUGUGUGCUACACCUCGAUAUUCUGUUACGUCUGCAAGACAUCACGCAGGAUGACUCGAGCAAACGCCCCGUCCAUCUCCGAAGAAGUCUGCGGUCAAGGAGCUAACCGCGCAAUGAGGAGAAAGCUGUGGAAGAGACAAGUAGACGUCACCAAGAACCUGCUCUACAUCGUCUUGGCUUUUGUCCUCUGUCUCACGCCUUACUUCGUGACCAUCGUCUUCAGCAGCGACUGGAGCCGUCAGUUGGUGCCCUGGGCAGCAGCAAUCUUGUUCUGCAACAGCUGUGUCAACCCCUUCAUCUACGCCACCUCGCACCCAGUUUUCAAAGAGGCUUUCGGGUACAUGGUCAGAUGCCAAAAGAUUCCCACUAGCGGAGCGAGUCAUCAGACCAGAUAUGCCGCGACAACGAACACUGAUGUGCCUGGUGCAGAUACUGCACAGACCAAGAAGUAAACAACACGCUUCUAAGGCUAGCCGGUAGGCAAAAACCACUGCAUGGGUGAAGAACAACUUAAAAACCUACAUGUUCUUGUACACAUUUGCAUUAUAUUGAGGAAGUCUAAUGAUCCGCGCAGCGCCUUUUAAGAGGUACCAUAUACAGUAAAGAUACAUUUCCCGUGCUAUUUCAAGUUUCACCCGGAAAACAAAAUUGAUAUUUUUUUCCAAUUGCAAUUUGCCAUAUACAAAUUAUUCUUUUUCGA